GAAUUAUAUGAAGAAUAUCAUAAUUUACAAUGGCAUAUUCUUGGGAUAAUCGCGUCGACUUUGUGGUGCGCUACAUGUACGAUAUCGAUAACAAUGGAUUCUUAGAUCAAAAUGAUUUCCAAUGUAUGGCCAUUAGGGCAUGUGUCGUUGAAGGCAAAGGAGAUUGUAGCGCUUCACGGUUGGAUGAAUACAAAAAGCUUAUGAGGAACUUGUGGGACGAAAUAUCUGCCAUUGCUGAUGACGACAAGGAUGGAAAAAUAUCCAAUCAGGAGUUCAAGGAUGCGGUGAAAAAAACAUGCGUGGGUAAAAAAUAUGAAGAGUUUCCACAGGCAAUGCGAGCAUUCAUUGAGUCAAAUUUUAAGCUACUCGAUAUAAAUAGUGACGGAAUAGUUGGAGUCGAAGAAUACCGAUACAAUUGCAUCACAAGAAUUGCUAUUGAUGAUAUAGCGCCAAUCGACAAAGCUUUUGAGACCCUCCUAAACGAUGAAGAUAAAAAGCGUGGAGGGCUGUCACUAGAUAGAUACAAGGAACUCUAUGGUCAAUUUUUAGGAAAUACAGCUGAUAAUCAUCCAGCGGUGAACUUAUUUGGUCCUUUAUAAAUAUUUUACUUAUAAUUGUCUUCGCUGUUGUUCAACUACUAUUUUAUUAAGUUUUACGUGUAAUUACUAUGACUAUAAAUUUAACGUAACUUCCUACUACCUAAUACGUAGACAUAUUGCAUUCAUAUAAUUUAUGUAGAAUCGUCAGUUGAAGAAUUCGUUAACUUUAAAAUAUUUUGUAAUAAGACAGAAAGAUUUGCUCUCAGAUGUUAGUUUACUAUAGUUUUUUAAAAAAGUUACUCUCAGUUGAAAGCUCUCUGGCAAUGUGCCUCUCUCUCAUUUACUUAUAACAAAUAACUGUAUUUUAAAAAUUUAAUUUUAUAUGUUGGCAUGUUAUAUAUUACAUAUUCAAGCUUUUUGUGUCAAUGCGAAUAAUUUAUAUAUGGAGUAAAUUUUGUCCAAGGCUUAACCUAAA